AUGUAUUCCGAUACUUGUUGUGCUGCCUCCUUUGAUUCUUUCGAUACUUUACUCAUAUACCGGAACCAUUUCGUGGUCGGGUCAUGGCGCCGCCAUAUAUCAGACAAUCCUUCGGCGGUAUCGGCAGUGAGACAAGUCAUGUCUGGUAUAAUGGGAAUGCUCCAGGCUUCCGCGGUCUUAGCGAUACUUUGCAUCUUUCCUGCGCGCACGCGGCUAGCUCAUCCUACCAAAGCUGUCAGGCUUGAUACUCUUGGACUGUUGAAUGCUCUGUCAGUACCUCGCAUGGACUGGAAUCUGCCAAAGAAGAGCUGGCUGCUCGUCUUUUUGGCUCUUGGGCUUGGCCAUGGACCCGCUGCCUUGUGGGCCAGCGCUUUCACCCCAAUACCGACCACGCAGCUCAAGAACCUUGGCAGCGUAUUGGUUCCAAGCUUUACUGAAGCUUCAAAACAUUAUUGGGGCGAACAGUUCGAUAAGGGUCUUCGCCUGGAACAUUGCCAUACUCAGAGGCAACCAUCAUCCUUUGAAUACGUGUCCAAUUGUCCUCUACCAUAUUACCAGAAUGCAUUACUCACUACUGCCCGAGAGGCCAUAACUCCAGAUGGUGCACCUCGAAAUCAUUCACAGCUGGACAAUCCAAAGUGGACAUAUCAUGGGCGGUCUUAUGGUGUUGGCUCCUUUUUAGGGCUUGAAUCCGUCAGUGACCUUCCCAUGGACUUCCGGCUUACGGAGUACUCCUUUGAAGAGACUGGCUAUAAUGCAAGCGUACAGUGCGAUCACACCAGCCAUCCUGAUAACCUCAAGAUCGAAUACCAGAUGAAUCAAGAGAAAUGUGUGCAUCCUGUGGAAGCCGUAACCUUUGCAUGGUUCGCCGAGAGCAAUAACCAGAGACAGCAUAUGGUUGGCAUUGCAGCAACGGCUUGGUAUGGCGGAGACUUUGCUAAUUUGGAAUGCUCACUGGAAUUCAUCCCCACAAGAUCCACGGUCACAGCAAAUGUCACGAAUUCAUCGAUAACCGUCGUCAAAUCCAGCGGUAGUGCGGCAACCGACCCUGAACCAACGGGACUCCUUGUUAAUAACACUGUUACGUCCCUACACUUUCUGUCUAAGAUCAGCCCCUCUCUUUACGUCUCGGUAAUGGGCGACGCGUUUCAGUAUAACGUGAAUACCACGUACAAAUCUUCCGCUUACGGUAACCUGACUCGCCGCGAAGCCGGACUCAGAGCCACCGAAGCUUCAUUCGAGGCCACCCUCGACGAUAUCCUCGGAAUCUACGGAAGUGGUCAGAUCGCCAUAGCCAAUGAAGACAACAAGCACGACCAUCGCAGGCACCUUCGGACGAGAUUCUGGCGCCAUCUGCCGCAAUACGAUAUCUUGGAUUUCAAAAGUACUGUCACCGCAGCGUCUCUUGGUGGUAACGACAUCUCCAAAAAGGUUCAGCGACAACGAGGGGAAGGCGAUAAGUGGACUGCUGAUGCCGCAGAUCGAAUGCUCGGCGAUAUUAGAGUUUGCUUGCGUCAAGGCGACUUCGAAGAGCCUAAGAUAAUCCUUGAUGAAGGUCUUCUAAUGCAGGACGAAGCUGACGGAGGUGGCACAGAGAUGGACGAUGGGAUGGCCCCCUUGGAGACAGAGCCAUACACUGGUGCCCCUGCAGCGUGGAGUCCGAUUGGACAGCACAAUGAGUGUUCAUCGGGACAACGGAAGACGUCAUGA